CCGCUUGAAAAAAAGACGAAGCAUCAGCUUUCGACGAAUACCAGAGUGAGAUAGACCGAUACGCGGACUGAAGGGAGGAAGAGGAACAGAGACAAAAGUACAGAAACGUAAGGAGAGCACCCGGUUUAAUGACACCUUGUUAACCGCACCAUUGUAAUGGUAAUAAACACGUACGACCAAUACGAGAGUGUUGACUCUCCGAAGCUGAGGAGGGGUUGCUCCAAGGGAGUGUCUGCCCCCCAUUUAAGUCUACAGCCAUGAUUCCUUAUCCAUUUUGUGCGUUUGAGGUUUGCCGGUGUCACAUGUCACCGUGUGAGGGUUACGUCCAGUGAUAGUGUCCGUGGCUUUCGGUGUUUCCACUUUUCCUUUCCACGCGUUCAAGUCUUUUCCAGUGGUCCUGAAAAGAGGUAUCCAGCAAACAGUGAAACAUUUUUCCGUGCGGAUCAAACAUGUUUGAAAAGCUCGCGUUGGAAAUCCUCGCAUCCGUAGUGAUCGUGACGCUUAUACGCAGCGGAACUUGUGACGUGCCGUCAGACUGGCAAAGUGGUGCGGGGAGCAUAGCUCCCAGGAGCUUCGAUCCGAAGAGUGAUGCUGAAAGUAUAUCCCCCAGGGGCCCCGAGAUGGGGGUUAACGCGGGUAGUAUAGACCUCAAGGGCUCGGAAUCCGCAAAAGAGCGCACAGCGCGGGACUGGUCAACAACCGGUUCGACCGCAGGGAGUUACUACCCUCCAUCGAACGGCUAUGUCGGAGGUCCCAGCUACGUGGACAGCUAUGGAGUGCCCCAUUCGGAUUAUCAGUACCCCAACGCCGGAGCUAGCAGCUACUCUUCUGAAGAGGCCAAACCCAAGCAAAGGCCAAUAGUCCCGCCCAUUUUCCCACCUGUAUAUCAGGGAAUGCCGAUGACCCCAGUUGAGUGUCAAAUGGCGGGAUAUUCGAACGUCUUUGGAGACCUUUUCCGUUUCGGAGGGCUCAUCAAAGUGGGUCUCAUAAAAGCAGGUCUCACGGCCCUUGCGGCUGGCCUAUUGACCAAACUCCCUCUGCUCCUCUUCAUCAAGACCCUUAUCGUUAAACUUAUCAUUUUCCCAAUCGGCUUCUUAGUUUUCUCCCUCCCUGUUCUCUUACCUCUUCUCCUUUUCUUCCUCCCCAACCUGAUGAAGGACAAGCAGCCAAUCAUGAUGAUGAUGACACCUGAAAAUGCCAAUAACAGUACCAACGGUGGGAACAAAAGACCAGGCACGCGGGACUUCCUGUACAGAGUGUCCGAUAAAAAUGGCGAAAAAGGAUAUGAGGACGAGUACGAGGAGGAAUCUAGAAAAUCAAGAGACGCUGAUACCUACUUAGACUCAAUUCUGAGCACAAUUUUUGACUCGCAACUGUGUCUACAACGCAUUGCAUGUCAGCUUGGAGUCAGGGACGCGGAUUCUAAAUAUAGGAAGUCAGUUUCGUGGGCGCUGAAGUAUCUGCAGACAUUCAAAAUGGCUGAAAGCAGCCCCGAAAUUCAAGCAAGACUGAAAUCGUACAGGAAUGCCUACAACCUUGGUGCUGAACAAAAUUCUACCGAAUUUUGCUCUUCAGACGAACGGUUCCCAUGUGAAACGCCACAUAUUGUCCUCAGACAAGCAAAGAGAUCGAUCACCUUAAUAUAAUGAAUUCACUUUGGAAACUGGAACCUUGGGAAUAAAUUUUACUCAAAGCAGUUGAACGGAUAAUCGCACAGAGUUACGUAUCACAGAACUGCAGAUCGUGUUGGAGAUCUCUAUGCUUACACCUUUAAAUUAUUCACAUGACAUAGAUAUGUAGCACCUUAAUUUCUUAAAAUUUUCAAUUCAGUCUCCACGCAAAUCUUAGGUGGAGUUUUUUUUAUUAUUAUUUACACAAGUGUAAAUACACUAAAGAAAAAAUUGACACGUUUUUUUCUGAAUCCCCAAGAACAAUAAAAACAUUUGCUAUUAUUUCUCAAGCCUUUAAUAUCCAUCGUAAAAUAGUAGAAUAAUUUCAAUGAAGAUGAUGAAAUAGAAACGUAUACUUUUGACUGAAUAUAUUUUCCUUGUAAUUUCAAAAUACUUUGAGUCAGGAAACCUCAUUUGAGGGGUUAAAUAAUAUUGAGCACUAGCACGCGAUGUGUGGUGGUUGCUGCUUCAAAUUAUGGAAAUAUGCUGCAUAUACACUAUAUUUUGCUGUGAGCUUCCAAAAUAACUGUGAAACUAUUUUUCUUUGUCAUUUGUGAUUACAUCAAAGAUUUUUUCAAAAACAGUUUGAUAUUACCGGUUCACGCAUAACCUGAUCAAUCAGUGCUGCUUAACUAUAGUAGCUACACCCGAACAAAAUAACACUCAGUUUCCAUACCUACAUGAGCAUAGAAAAGGACGCCAGUUAACAGUCAAUUGGUAAUGCACCGCAACUUUCUCACUUUGUAAAUAUCUUUGUAUCAUUAAUUUAUUUGUACAUAAGUUGAAUAAUCAAGCCUGUAACUUAUCAUGUGCCAUUAUUUAAACAAAUAAAUGCAAAACCAGA